AUGGCGAAUGAGAGCGAUGUUCCCCAGCCGGGCGCCGCUCGGUUAUCGAAGGGUGCCGGACCCGAUGAAUGGCUCGAGCAAGCCAAGCAGUGCAAAUACCUCCCGGAAAGCGACAUGAAGCGUCUAUGCGAGAUAGUCAAAGAGUUCCUCAUGGAAGAAUCCAACAUCCAACCUGUCCGCACCCCCGUCACCGUCUGCGGCGACAUCCACGGGCAAUUCUACGACCUCCUUGAGCUCUUCCGCGUCGCUGGCGGCAUGCCCGACGAUGCGCCCCUCCCCACCGCCGCGUCGCCCGCCCCGCGAGGCAAGCCCAUUCGCCCGGAAGACAUCGAGCCGCCGACGCAGAUCAGCGACCCACGCGCCAAGCGGAAGAUGAAGCGGCGGUAUCAGCAGGAUGCGAACUAUACGGGGUCGAGCCCCGGCGAGGACGAGGAAGAAGAUGAGGAAGAGGAGGAGCGGGGGCGGAGUCGAAGCGUGGGUAGGGCGGGGAGGGACGCGAGUUUGGGGUCGGGGGAGACGGGGGAGAGUGGGAAUACGGCGGGAUCCGGGGGGGAUGGGUUGCAGAACUACAUCUUCCUGGGCGAUUUCGUCGACCGGGGGUAUUUCAGCCUCGAGACGUUCACGCUGCUCAUGUGCCUGAAAGCCAAAUACCCCGAUCGUGUCACCCUCGUCCGCGGCAACCACGAGUCGCGGCAGAUCACACAGGUCUACGGGUUCUACGAGGAGUGUCAGACGAAGUACGGGAACGCGUCGGUGUGGAAGGCGUGUUGUCAGGUAUUUGAUUUCCUAGCGCUCGCGGCCGUCAUCGAUGGGAAGGUGCUAUGCGUGCACGGGGGGCUGUCGCCGGAGAUUCGCACGCUGGAUCAGAUCCGCGUGGUGGCGAGGGCGCAGGAGAUUCCGCACGAGGGCGCGUUCUGCGACCUCGUGUGGAGUGAUCCGGAGGAGGUGGAUACGUGGGCGAUUAGUCCGAGAGGAGCGGGGUGGUUAUUUGGGGAUAAGGUGGCGACGGAGUUCAAUCAUGUCAAUGGGUUGCAGUUGAUUGCGAGGGCGCAUCAGCUUGUGAACGAGGGUUACAAGUACCAUUUCCCCGACAAGGACGUCGUUACGGUCUGGUCCGCUCCAAACUACUGCUACCGAUGUGGCAACGUCGCGUCCAUCAUGAGCCUCAAGGAAGACCUGGAUCCGCAAUUCACCAUCUUCAGCGCGGUGCCGGAUCACCGCCGCGCCGUCCCAGCGGGACGCGGGACGCGGGGCGAAUAUUUCCUGUAA